AGACAGAGGAGUCGUCGAUCCGUUGUCGAUUCCUUGUCGAUCCGUCCUGUCAGGCCUGCUCAACCUUCGAGGAUCAUAGAACGAGGUCGAGGCUCCUAGCGUGCCAUUUCGCGUGUCUAGAGUGCAAUCGGCUCAUGCACAUUCGAGACUGCGACCUCGGAGAUAAGGCCGCAUAUGCUCGAGACUACGACCUCCAUAAUUCCAGGUUCUGGCAUGCAGAGGUUCUAGGAGCUACCAUGCAGCGAACAUCAGCGAGCAAUUUCUGCGAGGACAGGAACGUGUUACAAUCUAGAUAAUAUCGUGUCGUACCACGCGGUGCAAAGUUAGUUAUCCGGAAUAAUUGGCGACGCGAUACAGCCGUGAUGUCGCCUUCCUCUCCGUCCAUGUCUCCCUCCGCUCCUUCCCUUGCAAGCACGGGAGCGAGUAGAAGAUUCCGAACAGUGCAGCCUGUAGAGGGUACACGCUUUUUUAAAUUUCUCGAAAAUCUCUCGCAGGGUACACGCUCCCGCUCGCGCGGAUCAAGACAUCACGGCUCCCCUCUUUCCUCGAUAGGAGCCGCUCACGACCAGCAGCCUCGCAGAAUCUUCGCGCAGACUCACAAACUACGCACACAAUUGAGACCCUCAGCUCUCGACCGCCUAGUCCGCGUCUCUCAUCGCAGUAGCCUUGGGAACUCCACGAGAACUUUCACGAGCACCAGAAUUCUCCAAUGCCACGUCAGCAUAGAAAGCACUGGAUCAUUGAAGCAAACCUCUCCUACUCAUGAGGCCAGCGUCACGCCGGAAGCAGGGCAGCACCGGGAGCAUGCACAGUCGGAGAUCCUCAAAGAGAGGAGCCGCACGCAGGCUGAUCCGCCUUUAGUGAAGGCUGCUCUAAAGCCUCUAGCAUCGCUGGAAGAUACUUCCACGAGAGCCUUGGGAGAGACAGUGCCUGAGGAACCUCGGCGUGUUGAAGGAGAGGAGAAUGCCCCUCGGCGGUCGCUCACGGACUUGGUGCCGCUGCUGAUGGAGCGGGGCGCUGAAGCCCUCACCAAGGUGGUUGCUUCUCGCGUGGGCGGUCUCGUCGUUCUCAACAUCGUCACCAUGCUCUAUGCCACUAACACAACCAUAGUCAAGGGAGCGGAGGAGGCCGCAGGGGGGCCUCUGCCGUUCUGCCUGGGCCGCUUCGCCAUCGCUGCUCUAGCGCUCUCGCCGCUGCUCCCUGCCGGCCUCUCCAACCCCACUGUCCGUCGCUGCGGCGUGGAGAUGGGCCUCUGGACGUCCCUGGCGUACCUCUCCCAGGCCUUCGCGCUCAUCACCACUGGCGCUGGUCGCGUCUCAUUUAUAAGCACCUUCACGAUGAUAGAGGUGCCUCUGGUGGCGGGUCUCUUGGGGGCGCGCAUCCCUCCCCUUGUGUGGGCUGCCACUGCCUCGGCUGUUGCUGGUGUUCUGCUCCUCGAAGCCAACUCAGAGGCGUCCACGCUGGUCGGCGACGGCCUGGCACUGGUGAGCGCCAUGGCGUUUGGCCUUCAGAUCAUUCGGUCAGAGAAGUUUGCAAAGAGUGUGCCGCCCUCAGCCACCCUUGACCUCAUCUCAGUGCAGAUAUUCACUGUUGCAUGCUGCGCUGCUGUAGGUGUGGCCAUCACUAGCUUCGUGGAUCUUCCAUCCACCAGCACCGCCCUUGCAGAGACCGCAGCAGCAGUGGCAGCAGCUGUCGCAGCACCAGCAGCCGUGACAGCAUCAGCCACAGAAUUUGCCACAGGUCUUUCCAGCAGUCCUUUGGACGGCUCUUAUAGCCAAUUCCAGGACCUGCUCACUAUACUCCCGUCAACCGAUGACCUCACAAGACUGGUCUCACAGGCGAGCACAUGGCCGUGGCUUCAGAUGGCAUACACUGGCGUCGUCUCCACAGCACUCUGCCUCUGGCUCGAGAUUUUGGCUUUCAGGCACGUGGCGGCGUCGGAUGCUGCAGUGAUCUACACUCUCGAUCCCCUCUAUUCUGCUGUGUUGGCAACAAUCGUGCUCCAUGAGGAGUGGACAACUCUCAGCUACGUAGGCGCAGCAUUGAUUUUUGGAGGGAGUGUUGUUGUGCAGCUUGGGAAUACAACGAUGGCGAUGAUACCGAGUAGAUGUUUCACCUUGUCUAUUUAUUGUUGCUAUGGGCAUCGUAUUGCGUGCAAAUGUGUAGGGCAUGCAAGGGUUAAAAGGGCUGCUCUUGUGUCAUCGAAUCUCAUGGGUAGCGAUGUUUCUGUUCGUUGCUGCGGCACCAAUGAUGGAGAUUCACAAAUCAAGUUUUUGUACGUGUCUUCCACUUCUGCAAUAUAGUGCGAAGACCGUUGCUUUUACCGAGUCACCUUCUAACGGUUCCACUACAUCCCAAACCCCUUCCAG